AUGCCUGUCGAUGAGACGGAAAGAGGCGAGGACAAAGCUACGAUGCUCCCGAGGAACUGCCGCAUCAUGCUACAAUAUUUAACGGUCAGCUAA